UAUAAGAGGCGGCAGCAUGAAGCAUGUGUAAGCCAUCAAUUCGAAAUUCAAAAUAAAGAAAGAGGGGGGAAACCCUGCCGUUGUUGCUUUACACUCCCCAAAUACUUUUAAGAUCCACCAAAUCAAUCAACACCACCAAAAUCAUCAACACAGCAAAAAAUGGAGAAAUAUGAGAAAUUAGAGAAAGUAGGUGAAGGAACAUAUGGGAAAGUAUACAAAGCCAAAGACAAAUCAACAGGUCAACUUGUUGCACUGAAAAAAACACGACUUGAAAUGGAUGAAGAAGGUGUACCACCAACAGCAUUAAGAGAGAUCUCUUUACUUCAAAUGCUUUCACAUUCUCUUUACAUUGUUCGUUUGUUAUGUGUUGAGCAUAUUGAUAAAAAUGGGAAGCCUAUACUUUACCUUGUUUUUGAGUAUUUGGAUACUGAUCUUAAGAAGUUUAUUGAUUCUCAUCGUAAAGGACCUAACCCUAGGCCUCUUCCUCCUUCUCUUAUUCAGAGUUUCUUAUAUCAAUUGUGCAAAGGGGUAGCUCAUUGCCAUAGCCAUGGAGUUCUCCACAGAGAUUUGAAGCCACAGAACCUACUAGUGGACAAAGAGAAGGGCAUACUUAAGAUAGCUGAUCUAGGUCUUGGAAGGGCUUUUACAGUUCCCAUGAAGAGCUACACUCACGAGAUUGUUACUUUGUGGUACAGAGCUCCUGAAGUUUUGUUGGGAUCUACUCAUUACUCAACUGCUGUUGAUAUGUGGUCUGUGGGGUGUAUUUUUGCUGAGAUGGCUCGAAGGCAAGCCUUAUUUCCUGGCGACUCUGAGUUUCAGCAAUUGCUUCACAUAUUCAGGUUAUUAGGAACUCCAACUGAUAAGCAGUGGCCUGGAGUCAGUUCACUCCGCGACUGGCAUGUUUAUCCACAAUGGGAACCUCAGAACCUGGCCUCUCAUGUUCCAUCAUUGGGACCUGAUGGUGUGGACCUCCUAACGCAAAUGCUCAAAUUUGAUCCGGCAGACAGGAUUUCAGCGAAAGCUGCUCUUGAUCAUCCAUACUUUGACAGCUUGGACAGGUCUCAGUUCUGAGGAUGCUUCUACUCCUGCAGAUCACCUGUAAUGAUCAUUUGCAUCACUUUUUUAGGACGUUCUCUGUCCUGAAUGAGGGUAUCAUCAUCUUGGUGGUUUGAAAUUUGCCAUGUAACAUCGUCGACUUUCAUAUUUCACUGUGUACUGUUUUAGCUCUUCUAAAGUAUUUCUGAAGAUCACCUGUAAGAAGGCUCGUUUUGUGGCCAAGUUUAGUGUAGUUAUUACAAUGCUUUGAGGAAACAAAAAAAGUUUAUGUUCUCUCUGUGUGAUGAUAAAAUGGAUCAUAGAUUUCAAUAUUUCUA